CCAUUUAUUUAAUUUAUUUUUUUUUUUUACUUAAACGGCGGGCUGGAGCUAUACAUUGUUUUGUGAAAUGCAGUAUGCACAGUCAGUGACAACCCGGGUAACUGAUAUAGCUCGAUAUGUAACUGUCUUACUAUCUCUGUUGGUGACCCACGACGUACCCCGAAGGCUACCCACACCCAGAUGCUGUCGUCCUGCACUCAGUGGCCCGCGCAAGCUCCUCAACGCACCCUUCCCUCUGUAUCGCAUCAAGUAUGCUCUGGAACUUAGGUUGAGGUCUCCCCUCAAGAUAUUCACCACACCUCACUGGAAUUCCCGAUGCUCCUUCAUCACAACAGAGGACUCCUCUACAAGUUCUGCAGAACAUCGGUGGACCAACCAAUAUCAAAGCAACGACUCUACACACUACACAUCAAUCCCCUAUACAUCUAGUUCCAGCACCUCAUCCAGUACGCCCACAACACCACAAAUCACCCACACUAGGUAUAAUACCUUCCUACCCAACAGACCGCAGAGAAUCUGCCCUCACGUGUGGAACAACAUCAAAGUAUGAACCCGAAACUACCCAUGGACUGUACGUCGAGGCACUUCGUCCUACAUAGGCACUGACAACCUUGCGUUGCUCAUCCCAUCAAGUCAACGCGGCAAGCGCCGCGCCACUCACCCUGUACUGGUACGCAUCCGGCUCUCCCACCC